AUGUGUAAGCGUAACAGGCAGCAAUUUUACUACAAAUUAAUCAUAAGACACUCAUCUUUCAUAAGAAGCACAAAUAAGCAUGAUCGCGUUACGAAAACGGCUCAUAUUUACAAAAUAUUUGCUUCGACAUCACAUUUCUCCAUAUAACGCCAUAUUAAUUAUCGCUCCUUUGGGUAUCCGGAAGUAAAUUUGCACGCUUGCGAGUUGGCUUCACUUUUGAUAGGUAUAGAAGCUAUAUCCAGUGUAUUAUUAGAUCAGUGGUCCAGCUUUACAACCAGAUCUAUGUGGUAUUCUUUUGCGUUUCCGAAAGAAGAAGAUCGCUGUUACAAGUGAUAUUGAGAAAAUGUUUUUGCAGAUCAGUUUAAGAGAACAAGAUCGAGAUUCUCAUCGGUAUUUAUGGCGAGACCUUGAUCUUGAAGCAUCUCCCAAAGUUUACAGAAUGACUAGAGUGACUUUUGGGGUUAUUGCCAGUCCAUUUUUGGCAAUAUGUACUACCCAAGAGCAUGUACAGAGAAAUAAAGAACUGCAUCCUGAAGUGUGUGAUGAAAUUCUUAAGAAUACAUAUGUUGAUGAUUUUGCCUUUUGUCGAGAGGAAGUUAAUGAAGCGAGAGAGCUGCAACAAAGUGCGAAGGAGUUGAUGGCGCAGGCGGCAUUUAACUUAACCAAGUGGUCAAGUAAUUCUCGAGAGCUUUUAGAAGUUAUACCUGAAGAAGAUAGAGCACCUAACAGUCUCAUCAACCUUAACCAAAGUUUUCCAGAGAAUUGUUCAAUUACGAAAGCUCUUGGUCUGAAAUGGGACACUAACAAAGAUACUUUGACAUAUAUAAUUGAAAUUGGUCAACCACAGAUUGAGACAUACACAAAGAGACAUGUGGCUUCGUGCGCUGCUAAAGUUUUUGAUCCAAUUGGAUUAAUCACACCAUUCACUGUGAGAUCAAAGAUGUUGUUACAAAGUCUGUGGACCCAAGGCAUUGGAUGGGAUGACGAAAUACCUACUGAAACCUGCAGAAAAUGGACACAAUGGCUGAAGGAGAUCAACGAUCUUGAAAACCUUGCCAUUCCACGGUGUUAUGUAGAGUUGCCCAUGAAUCGCUAUUCUCGAUUGGAACUUCAUGCAUUUGGUGAUGCAUCGGACUUGCAUAUGCAUCUGCAGUCUAUCUACGAGCUUUGUCUGUUGAGGGACAUGUUUCAACCAGUCUAG